UCUACGGUCUGCAUUCAAAAAGAUUUAAGCAAGGAAAAUUUAUCAAAAAGAAAACGAAACCUUCACCAAACCAACUCAACCAGAAAUUUCCACCAAAUCAACCCAACCACAGAUUCGCGAUCGAGCUAUGACGUGGAGCCAUAGCAUAAACUUAAAUACACCACCACAAAACUCACCAAUUAGAUAAUAUCACCACUUAUUUUAUAAUAGCGUAUAGAUCAAUCAGGGUCAAUGUCCAUAUUUUGGUAACAGUACCAAUCAAAUUUCAAUUAGGUACUAACCCAGCGCCUCUCCCUAAUUAACCUCCCCCUUCCUCCCCAGUCAUCACCUCAAUAGCUCCCAUCCUCACCAUCGCUUUCGCGAACUUAGCCGCCCUCCGCAUCCUUGGCAUUCCUCCGCCACCACCACAGAGUCUGGUCUGACCCCAGAACUCCCCUCUUCUUCACCAAAUUCAAAUAAUACUUAUUGUCCAACUUGGCGGGCGACUGAACAUCAAGAUCAACAGUAGGAUCACUGGCAUUCUCGGCCCUCGGACACUGGCCCUUCAACUGUCCAGAAAAUGCGGGACCCAUAUUCAACGGGUCGGUGGAGUUACACGGUAGCGACAAUUUCUUCCUCAACGCUCGCCACCUCCUUUUUCAUCACAAUUAAGCGCAAGAUGGGAGAAGGCUCAGAAACAAUAACGAGGAUGAGGACCCCGAGAACUAAUGACAGCGUUCUCAGCAACUGGAAGAUGGUGAAGGAGGAGUUCACUUUCCCUGCUGGCUCUGUCCCUCUUAAUAGCUGUCACGCUUCGACCAUCGUCGAGGUCAACAAAGAUAAAUUCUGGAGAGAGAGCAGCUACCUCCGGGGAUUCUUGGCCCCAUCAAGAACAAGGUCGAUUGCUUUGUGGAUCUUUGGGAUGGUCACCCUUUCUGGAGCUGACUCCAUUGGGGUCGCCAACUGCUCGUUGCUACCGGGUAACUCCACCGACCCGUUGAAUAUGGGUCCCGCAUUUUCUGGACAGUUGAAGGGCCAGUGUCCGAGCGCGCGAGAAAUGCCAGUGAUCCUACUGUUGAUCUUGUGA